ACCCAGCAGCCUCCUCUCCCUCCACAUCUCUCUUUAUCUAACACAAACUCUCUCUCUCUCUCUCUCUGUGACAUAAGAAGAAACACAAGUAGAGCAGCAUGGGUUUUCCUGUAGGCUAUUCAGAAAUAGUUCUCCCAAAACUCCUCCUCCACACACUUUCUUUCCUGGGUUUCAUUAGAAAACUGAUAAACACUCUCUUUCACUGCAUAGGUCUCCCUGACUUUCUUGAACCGGGCAUUUCUUCCUCUUCUUCAACUGAGAAUACCCCCCCAUUUCGUGUCCCUGACUUUCACAGUCACUCUGUUUCUGCCCUUCUGAUACGCGAGAUCCUUCCUGUUGUCAAGUUUUCGGAGCUUGUUGAUCCUUCUGCUGAUAGCUGUGCUGUUUGUCUGUACGAGUUUGAAGAGUCCGACGAGAUCAGACGGCUUGCAAACUGUCGCCAUAUAUUCCACAAAUGCUGUUUGGACCGUUGGAUGGGGUAUGAUCAGAUAACUUGUCCACUUUGUAGGACACACGUUAUUCCCGAUGAUAUGCAAGAGAGUUUCAAUGAAAGGCUAUGGGCUGCUUCUGCUAUUACUGAUUUUUAUGGGGAGUAUUCACAAAUCCCUGGCUUGUAGUAGAUUUUAUUUUAAGAAGAAAAGAUAAGGAACAGAGAUUUAUUUUUUUCCUUUCUGUUUUGCCUCUUUUUUCUGGGGGGGUUGAGGUGGGUAUGGUUUGUAAAUAUACAAAAGUGGUUGGGUAUAAAAAAAACAAAAAACAGAGAGAAAAUCCAGGUGUUAGAAUUAGGUUUUCUGUACAUAUAGAUUUUGUUAAUUUCCCUAUCUAUGGGUUGACGAGCUUCAAUAUUGGCAGUCCCGUGCUUUCCUCCA